AUGGAGGUUGACUUGAUCUUUCAAUUAUUACCGGUUGAAAUACGCCAAGAAAUAUUUAAAAAUCUCAACAAAGCGUCACUAUUCAAAUGUCUACUUGUCAAUCGGCAAUGGUGUCGCGAAGUUGUGUCUAUUCUUUGGGAAAAACCAUUAGCAAUAGAAAAACAAGAAUUUAGAUAUCAAAAUUGUUUUAAUCGAAGAAAUAUAUUAUCCGCCGAUACACUGGUAGAAAAUGCACGAUUGACGAAAAUUAUAAAUGUGUACGUCGGCCUAUUCACUAAAGAAACAUGGAAAUCUCUAAAUAAAAAUGAAAUCAGCCGACCACGUACCAUACGAGCCCCAACAUUUAAUUAUGCUUCUUUCUUAAGACACUAUGAGCCAAAUGCAAUUCCAAUAGCAGCAGGUGCAUGGUUAAAACAAAAAAUUGAUCCUCCGACGAAUAAACAACAGCAAAAACGUAACGCAUUGUCUAACGCAGUGUGUCAACUAUUUCUCACGGAAGCGAAGUUUAUACAGUCAUUCUAUUAUAAUUGGAAUGAAGAUGUUGAAAUUUGUAGUCCGGUUCCUCGCGAAUGUCAAUCUCAUUUGCCCUUUAACAGACUCAAGGAAUUGAAAAUAUCUGGAAUAACAAGUGCAAAAGCGCUUCAAAAUUUCUUUGAGAAUCUGACCGGCGUUUCUCAUGCAAUUCGUAGAAUUUCCAUUAAUUCAACCGAUAAUUUCGCAUAUAUUGACAUUAAUGACAAUCAAUUAAAGAGCACAAUGUUGACUCAAUAUGAACUCGAAUGGCUAGAAUUGAAUAGUUCGUCUUACAAUAUUGUCAAAUCUAUCUGUAGUGGCCUCCAAUAUUCAUCUCGCACAUUUAGAGCCAUCAAAUUUUACAAGAUUAGCUUUGCUCCAUUCCGAUCUAAGUCGAUAAUUAAAGGUUUACGUUCUUGUGUGAAUCUUCUCUGCCUGGAUUUUCAUGACUGCCUUGGAAUCGAGCAAAAUGCGUGGAUAGAAACAGCAAAAUUUUUUACGAAAUUGGAAUUUUUAGCUAUUGUAGGAGCAUCCGGAUCAUAUGAACGCAUACCACUAGCAUUCAUCAAGCAAAUAGUCGAAACAAGUGGAGAUAAUCUCCAGUAUCUUUUAAUCAAAGAAAAUCGAAACUUUUGUUAUAUUAUCGACGGAACUAUUGCUGAGGAAUUAUUAACAUUUAUACAUAUGCACUCUCAGAAUUUACGAGCUCUAAGUUUGAGCGGAUUAAACUUGAAACAACUUCCCUCCUUGCAAGAACCUUGCCCGAAACUCGAGCAUAUUGAUCUCGAUAUCUUAAAGAUAAACGAAGAUUUGACUAGCUUAGCGCAAUUUCCACCACAAAUCAGUUCUCUUGGAAUUUGUGGUAGUGCGUUCUAUUUUUACGGAUUCAAUACCCACUUUCUGAAGUCUAUUCGUGGUCACAUAAAAUAUAUUUCUAUCGAUUGCGAGGGUAUUGAUGCAUCUGGAAUCGAACACUAUGGGUUCAAGUUUAAUAAAAAAUCAUUUUAUGAUAGAAUACGUCCAAGUUAUUUUCCGCAAUUUUAG